AUGGCGACUGGGCAGAGGGGCGCGGACUACAGAGGAUUCCUGCUGCUCUCCAUCCUUGUGGGGACCGGUUGGGAAGCCCGGGCAGAAAAGAUUCUCUACUCAGUGUUUGAAGAGACAGACAAAGGGUCUUUUGUGGGAAAUAUCACCAAGGACCUGGGACUGAAGCCUCAGGAAUUGACGGAGCGCGGAGUCCGCAUCAUCUCCAAAGGUAAGACCCAGCUUUUCUCUCUGAACUCGCGGAGCGGCAGCUUGGUCACCGCGGGGAGGAUAGACCGGGAGGAGCUGUGCGCCCAGAGCCCGCAGUGUCUCAUAAGCUUUAACAUUUUGAUAGAAGACAAAAUGAAUCUUUACCCUAUAGAGGUGGAAAUAAUGGAUGUUAAUGACAACGCCCCCAGAUUCUUAACGGAAGAAAUAAACAUAAAAAUCAUGGAGAAUUCAGUUCCUGGGGUGCGGUUUCCACUAAAGGAAGCUACCGAUUCAGAUGUGGGCACGAACUCCCUCCAGAAAUACCAGCUCAGUCCCAAUCGCCACUUCUCCCUGGUUGUGCAAAGUGGAGAUGAUGGAACUAAGUACCCGGAACUGGUGCUGGAGAAGGCUCUUGAUCGGGAAGAAGAGGGGGCUCACCACCUGGUCCUCACGGCCUAUGAUGGCGGAGACCCACCCCGAUCUGGCACCGCCAGCAUCCGCGUGACAGUGGUGGAUGUGAAUGAUCACACGCCAGUCUUCUCUCUGCCCCGGUAUCAAGUGACGGUCCCUGAGAACGUGCCAGUAGGCACAAGACUUCUCACAGUAAAUGCUGUUGACUUGGAUGAGGGAGUCAAUGGGGAAGUGACAUAUUCUUUCUGGAAAAUAACUCCAGAACUUCUGAAAAUAUUCCACCUGAGCUCUGUCACAGGAGAAUUGUCGACUUUAAGAGGUCUGGAUUAUGAAGAAUCCAGCUUCUAUGAACUGGAAGUUCAGGCUCAAGAUGGUGCUGGUAGUCUGACCAAAGCGAAAGUACUGAUCACGAUUUUAGACGUGAAUGACAAUGCCCCAGAAGUGACUGUCACAUCUGUGAGCAGUCCAGUCCCUGAAGAUACACCACCUGGGACAGUGGUCGCUCUCUUCUACCUCCAAGACAAAGAUUCAGGAAAGAAUGGAGAGGUGAGCUGCUCCUUUUCAGAAAAGCUGCCUUUUAAAUUAGAACGAUCAAUUGAUAAUUAUUAUAGGCUGGUCACUGCACAAAACCUGGACCGGGAAGAGAUGUCCAUGUACAACAUCACCCUGAAAGCCACAGAUGGUGGAAUUCCUCCUCUGUUCACAGAAAGUCACAUAUCCAUUCACGUGUCAGACACCAAUGACAACCCGCCCACCUUCUCUGAUUCCUCUUACUCCAUCUACAUCCCCGAGAACAAUCCCAGAGGCGCCUCCAUCUUCUCAGUGACCGCACAAGACCCUGACAGUGACAAGAAUGCCCAAGUCACCUAUGCUUUAGCUGAGGACACCAUCCAGGGGACCCCAGUGUCGUCCUAUGUCUCCAUCAACUCUGACACUGGUGUCCUCUAUGCACUUGGAUCCUUCGACUAUGAGCAGUUUCGCAACCUACAACUACGAGUGGCUGCACGUGACAGUGGGGACCCACCUCUCAGCAGUAAUGUGUCAUUGAACCUCUUUGUGCUGGACCAGAAUGACAAUGCCCCUGAGAUCCUGUACCCUGCUCUCCCCACUGAUGUUUCCACAGGGGUGGAGCUGGCUCCCCGCUCUGCAGAACCUGGGUACCUAGUGACCAAGGUGGUGGCUGUGGAUAAAGACUCAGGCCCAAAUGCUUGGCUGUCCUACCGGUUGCUUAAAGCCAGUGAGCCAGGGCUUUUCUCAGUAGGGCUACACACAGGUGAGGUGCGGACAGCAAGGGCCCUUCUGGAUAGAGAUGCACUUAAACAGAGCCUGGUGGUAGCUGUCCAGGACCAUGGCCAACCGCCACUCUCGGCCACUGUGACACUCACUGUGGCUGUGGCCAACAGCAUUCCUGAUGUUUUGGCAGACCUGGGCAGCAUCAGGACCCCCAGCGAACCUGAUGAUUCGGACAUCACUCUCUACCUGGUGGUGGCAGUGGCCACUGUUUCCUGUGUUUUCCUUGUCUUUGUCAUGGUGCUAUUGGCUCUCAGACUGUGGCGUUGGCACAAGUCACACAGGCUGCCUGCUUCAGGUGGUGGGCUGGAAGAUGUGCCUGCCUCGCACUUUGUAGGUUUGGAUGGGGUUCAGGCUUUCCUGCAAACAUAUUCCCAUGAGGUUUCACUCACCGCAGACUCUCGAAAGAGCCACAUUAUCUUCCCUCAGCCCAACUACGUGGAUACUCUUAUCAGCCAAGACAGCUGUGAGAAAAGUGAUUCUUUGUUAACAUCCAUAGAUUUUCAAGAAUGUAAGGGUGAAGCCCCAAGUACGCAGGUGAGUUCAUGUCUUUGA